CUGUGUUCAUUUUGCAGGCUCAUGGAGUGCAUGUAGAAGCUCUUGGCCAAUGGGAAAAGCGUGUGCUGUCUGGAGGCCUGCAUGCAGCACAUGGCUGGCUGGUGGUUGAAGUGUUGCUGAACAGGAAGUUGCAGAGCAGAUUCGAGAGCUCCAACAGACCAACAUGAAGGGCUCUUAUCAGCUACUUGUCUUGCUUUUCUUAGCAAGCUUGUGUUCACCCGAGAAAGGUGGAGUGCACAGAGUCUUCAGUAGGCCGAUCCCAGGAGCUCUGCAGAACGUCAGUAAGAACGACACCGGGGUGAAGAAGGCCGUCCUGACUGGAACUUACUCUUUUAACAAUAAAUCCAAUGACGCUUUCCUCUUCAAAGCAUCAGCGGUUGAUUGUGCAAAGAGACAGAUAGUCAAAGGCGUCCGCUAUAUUCUGGAAGUGGAGAUCUCACGGACCGUGUGCAGGAAGAUGAGCCACAAUGAGGAUCUGAUCAACUGUCCCUUCCAGACAGACAGUCUGCUGCGACAGACCUUCUUCUGCCAUUUUGACGUAUGGUCCAUUCCCUGGAUGCAGAAGAUGAUGACCGAAUAUUUUAAUUGUCGUUCUUCGGACAACUUCUGACAAGUCUUUUCAGUGGAUAUACCUCAUGCUAAUUCAACACCGUGCUGAAUGUGUGCAAAUAUAACCAUUGCUGUCAUUGGUCAUCGUGUGCAGUAUCUCCCAGUGACCUUCAGUUGAUCAAACGCUGAGUUUGAGUGUAAAUUAUUCAGUGGGAUUUCAGAGGCAGUUUUUACGCACCUAAAGUAGAUCAGGAGCCAUUGCUUCAAUCCUUUCACUUCUCAUGAGUAAACUGGUCCUAAAAAUACACAAACACAUAUGAUGGGUUUGUAGGAACUGAUUUAUUUAGUUUUUAGUCUAUUUCCUAGUGUGUAUGACAUACUGUACAUGUCCUAGAUUCAGAAGUCCAUGUAUGGUCAUUAGGUGAGUACAAGCAUCUGACAGGACAGUGGUUCUCAACUGGGUUUACCUCAGAACGCAGAUUUCCGUCAUAUUAAAUUAAAAAUAUUCUCAUGUAAAAGAUGAUUAGGUGUAGGUUUGAGUAAAGGAAGAUAUUUUUGGUAACACUUUACUUGAAGGGGUCAUACUUUUACUUGUGGUGAAAGUGAAUGAGUCGUUCAGUGUCAUUCGCUCAGUUAUGACAUUUUAAAAGCAAAGAUAACAUCGUUUGUUAUGACUUGACAUAAAUACAUCACGACCUGUUUUUUGCAUGAGAACUUGACUAUCAAUAUCACUGUCAUAAAUCUGUCAUAAACAUAAUUGUCGAAGCCGUUAUUAAUGCCAUGAACAGCGUCAUAUAUAUUUUUUUUUACCUCGACUACAGUGGUACAAGCUGAAUUUGUCAUUAAAAUGUCAUUACAUAUUAAUGAUGCUGUUAAAAAUAUUUUUCUGACAGAGU